CGAACCGUUCCCCUUUCGAGCUGCUUAGCUUGCCGGCCAAACGUGAGCGCACCGAGGAACCAGGAGAACUGCACUGAAGGACCACAUCCAAGAUGUCCCUUCAUCAGUUUCUGUUGGAGCCCAUCACCUGCCAUGCGUGGAACCGCGACAGGACACAGAUCGCCAUAAGUCCCAACAACCACAAAGUUCAUAUUUAUAAGAAGAGCGGCAACCAGUGGGUCAAGACUCACGAGCUGAAGGAACACAACGGAUGCAUUACAGGCAUUAAUUGGGCCCCAAAGAGUGACCGCAUAGUGUUGUGUGGAGCGGACCGCAAUGCCUACAUGUGGUCUCAGAAGGAAGGCGUGUGGAAGCCCACGCUGGUCAUUCUCAGGAUCAACAGAGCUGCCACCUUCGUCAAGUGUGGCCCGCCUCUUCGUUCCGCUGCAUGCUCCGCCUCCUGGUCGCGGUUUGUUCUAUCUUGCUGUCGGCUCGUCGGCUCCGUCUCUCCACACUACACUUGCAGCAAAUGUCAAAAGACUUGCCAUUCCUGCAUGGAGCUGUACAGCCACAGCAGGCACUCCACAUCCACCACAGACUGA